AUGGCAUUGCGUAACGGCCAAGACCAAUGGCCCAAAGAAGACAUUGUGAUGUUACUGGACCUCAUGAAGAAUAUUCUCCCACCCAAUGACAACCACACAUUCAAAACAACCCAGUCACAUAUGGACUGGGGAAAAGUAGCUUUUAAAGAUUAUUCUGGAGAAAUGUGCAAACUCAAGUGGUUAGAGGUUUCUAGUAAGAUAAGAAAGUAUCGUACUUUGACAGACUUAGUCCUGGAAGCUAAGGAACAUGUUAAAAAUUCUUACAAAAGCAAAAAACUUAAGAAACAUCCUGACAUGCCCAAGCAGCCCCUGACUUCUUAUCUCCGCUUCUUCAAGGAGAAGCGUCUCGAAUAUUCCCAAAUGUACCCCAAACUCAACAACCAGGAGCUGACCAAGGUCAUGUCUGAGAAAUACAAGGAGCUCCCAGAGGAGAUGAAACUGAAAUAUAUUCAAGAUUUCCAGAAGGAGAAACAGGAAUAUGGGGGGAAAAUGGCUCAGUUCAGGAAAAACCACCCUGAACUAGUGCAGAACUCCAAGACAUCUGUUGUCCCCAAAAGAAGCCCAAACCGAGCCCCCAAGAAAUUUCAGAAACAAGGAAAAGAAGUGAAGUCUUCCUCAGAAAACAAUUUUUCAGAGGAGAUAAAAUUCCAUGGAGAGCCAGAGAAGCCCCCCAUGAACGAAUACCAGAAGUUCCACCAGGAUAUGUGGUCGAGUAUGGAGCUGCAAGGCCUGCCCCUGAGGGAGCGCAUGGUGGAGAUUAGCAGACGCUGGCAGCGCAUCCCAAAGAGCCAGAGGGAGCAUUAUAGGAAGCAGGCUGAGGAGCUGCAGAAACAGUACAAGGUGGACCUGGAGCACUGGCUCAAGAAUCUGUCUCCUGAAGAGUAUGCUGCCUACAGAGAGAGAACCUCUGGAAAGCGGAAGAACAUGAACAUGCGUGGAGGUCCAGACCCCAAGAUCAUCAGGACAGAUGUGCAAUCUUCAUCAGCAAGGUCUCUGCAAAGAGAGCUUGCACAGAACCAGGGGCCACAGGCUCCAGGGACAGAGUCAUCAGAGACCAAUGGGGACUGUUUUCAUUCCUCGCGUGGAUCUGAAGAAAAGGAGGAACAUGAGGAAAAUGCAGAAAGCUGCAGCUCCUCAGAUUCCAGCAGUAGCAAUGAAGAUGAUAGCAGCUCCAGCUCGUCUUCCUCGGGGGACACCUCUGACUCAGACUCCAAUUGA